UAUUCUAUUCUAAUAUACAAGUCCUCCGAUCUUCUCAAUCUAGAGUCUGGAGUAUCUCUCUCUUUGAGCUGAGCGUUUGCUUGCAGAAGCCAUGGAGAAGAGUUCAACUGCUCCACUGUUGACCAGGAAGGAAGAGGAGGAAGGGGCAAGUUCGUCAUUUAUGAGAGAUGCUUGGGUCGAGUGCAAGAUGCUGUGGUAUGUGGCGGGACCUGCGGUCCUGACGACGGUUUUCCAGUACUCAUUGUCCUCCGUCACUCAGACGUUCGCCGGCCACAUUGGGACCGUCGAGCUCGCUGCUGUUGGUAUCCAAAACCUCGUUAUCACGGGUAUCGCGUUCGGGAUCAUGAUGGGGAUGGGAAGCGCCUUGGAAACUUUAUGUGGGCAAGCCUAUGGUGCAGGGAAGCUCGACAUGUUAGGCAUCUACAUGCAGAGAUCAUGGGUAAUUCUAUUUGUCACAGGACUGCUCAUAAGCCUCGUGUACAUUUUUACGGCACCCAUCCUCAAGCUAUUGGGACAGAAUGAUGAGAUUGCAGAUAUGGCUGGAAAGUACUCGAUAUGGAUGAUUCCAGAGCUGUUUGGCUUUGCAAUUAAUUUCCCCAUACAGAAAUUCCUUCAGGCACAGAGCAAGGUCAUGGCCAUGGCCUGGAUGUCGUUUGCUUCUUUGGUUCUUCAUGUGUUGUUGAGUUGGGUCUUCAUUAUGAAGCUGGAAAUGGGUUUGGUAGGGGCUGCAAUUACUCUGAAUUUCUCUUGGAUCACCCUGGUACUUGCACAGUUGGCCUAUAUUCUAGCAGGAAGCUGCAAGGAGGCAUGGACUGGUUUUUCAUGGCUGGCUUUUACUAAUUUGGCAGGCUUUGUGAGGUUAUCUGUGGCUUCAGCUGUUAUGUUGUGCUUGGAGUAUUGGAAUUUGAUGGUAAUGAUCUUGUUAGCUGGGCUUCUGAAAAGCCCGGAAAUAGCAGUUGGUGCUGCCACCAUUUGCAUGAAUGUGGAAGCAUGGUGUAUGAUGAUUCCAUUUGGCUUCACCGCAGCCAUAAGUGUGAGGGUCUCAAAUGAGCUGGGAGCUGGGCGGGCAAGAGCAGCAAAGUUUUCAGUGGUGAUUGUGGUGAUGAUGUCGGUGAUCAUUCAAAGUAUAAUUGUGCUCGUGUUAAUGAUAACAAGGAAGGAUUUCCCAGUCAUCUUUACAGAAAAUAAGUUGGUCAUGGAAGAAGUUAGUAAACUCACACUCUUUCUAUCAGCUACAAUCAUUCUCAGCAGCAUACAACCAGUUCUAUCAGGGGUGGCCAUUGGAGCUGGUUGGCAAACAACUGUCGCUUAUAUAAAUAUUGGGUGUUAUUACAUUGUGGGAUUGCCUACUGCUUUUCUUUUGGGAUUCAAAUUCAAUUUCGGGUUGGAGGGAAUUUGGAGUGGAAUGAUUACUGGGAUUGCUCUACAGACCCUCAUCCUUAUAGUAAUCACGUGGCGUACUGACUGGCAGAAAGAGGCAAAAUUAUCCAAAGAAAGGCUUUUAGUUUGGGGAAGUUCUUCUAAUGUCCCUGCAAUUGGAAGUGAACUAGGCGAGCAGCAAUAGGACCUCUGAACCUCUAUCGGGAGGGCAAUAACUGACUCUAAUUCAGGUGGGCACAUGGCACUUUUGCAUGCACAUGGGUGUUCAUGUGUUUCAAACUUCUCAAGUUGACUGGAAUGGAUGGCAGUAGGCGUAGAGUGAAAACCUUUAAGCUUCCGUGGGAGUGAGGGGAUCAUCUCUCACUAGACUCACCAUUUCAUGAGUUGGCAUGGGUUUGUUCUGAAAUGCACUAUGAGUUAACCAAUGGCGGUGGCUAUUGUUAGUUCUAGCUACAGCUGAGGCAAGGAUGUUGUCAUCAUGGAGAGAGCAUUCAAGCUAAACUUGAUAAGGAGAAUUACAAAAUAUCUUGUUCGGUUGAUUGCUAUAGAGUUAUAGGUGAUAAAUGUUGUUGUUGUUCUUGUUGAUUUUAUGUUGUGAGCAAUCUCCCAAUUUCUUCAUUUCAAGUAACAUGCGUGUUUAUGUAGAAAUAAACCCUGAGAAAUGGUUUUAGAGUAUCCCUCGCAUAUUUUUGCCUAAAAACAAAUGCUUUUGCUUGAUUGAAA